UCACUCUGAAUGGCAGUGUAGCUUGAGGUGUGGGAGAGGAAGUAUUGUGCGUCGUAUUAUCUUUUUGCGUGUAUCAGCUCGAAACCAAAGAAGAUGGAAUACCGCAAGCUAAACAGUUUAAAAGUCACAUGCUUAAUAUUAGGCGUAAUAAUUUUCGCUAAAGAUGCGAACUGCUUGGAUUGCUACCAGUGCUCGAGCAGCGAAGAUGCCUUCUGUCCUGAGCAGUUCCACGCAGGAUACCAUCAGGGGCGCGAGGCGUCCUUCGAACCCGAGUCCUGCAGCCACGUGUUCGAAGCACGCUACUGCGUCAAGACUACCGGCAUGUUCGAAGGAGAACUGGGCACCAAGAGGUUCUGCUCGGCCCGAGACUGGGGAAACUACUGCGAGUGGGUGCAGCGCCCUGGGGAUGAGCGCGAGUACCGGGCCUGCGUGUACACUUGUGGGCGCAACGGCUGCAAUGGUGCCACCACUCUGGCUUUAUCUUCCGUGCUUCUAAUGCUCCUAGUGCCAAGCAUUUACCUGUUCAGGGCUACUCUGAUGUCUUAGAACAUUACAGGGUAUUUUAUCUGACCAAAGCAAGAUCACCAUAUGUUUAGGUGAAUUGCUAAGUCCUCAAAUAAGAAGUUUUAAGUGUGAUCUCCCGAGACUUUUUUGUGGUCCUUGUAGUAUAGCUGUGAUGAAAAUUCUGAAUCACGUGGAAAUAUUUUCCCCUUAAUCCCAGUCCCUGUUUAAGUGUACUUAGUCAAGAACAUAAGGACGCAGAAGUUCAUAUACUUAAUUCAAGAAGUCUGUUUAUAUAACUGUAAAUAUAUUUGAGUACAUGUGGCUUUAUAGAGCUAUGUAUAAAUGCACUGAUUGUGAGGGUUUAACCGUCAGACCUUGCUAUUUACAAGUAACUGUACAUAGUUUUGGAAAGAAUAACACAUUUUGACUACAUAUCAUAAUAAAAUACAUUGUUUAUACCAGAAAGAUAAAAAGCAAUAUAAUUCACAUCUAAGUGCAAAGUUCAACAUACAUCAGCAAAAGAAAAGGUAAAAUGUUAUUUUACAUUGUGAACUAUUUUUAUAUAUGUGCAUAACUAUAAGCUAGUAUAAGCAGUAUCAUGCAUUUGAUAACUGAGGUAUUAUUUGUAAUUUUCAAAAUCCUUUUAAGCAUCGGAUUAGAUUAUACGAGUUAGUUCUUACUUUUAAUGGAGAUUUUGUUCUUCCUUUUAAUGUAAGGAUACGACUGUAUAAUACACCAGCGUGAUUUUACUAAUAUCUUUUGUUUACUGUUGUGACAGUGUACUCUGUGAAUUGAAUGGUGGCGUAACAAAGGAAAUACAGAUGUUUCAGUAAUCAAAGAGUAGUAAGAUUAUUAUGGCCAUUUUCACAAACAUGUUGUAUAGAACAGAGUUUUCAUAUAACUUGUUAUAUAUAACUAGAUAUCGAUUACUCAUUAGAAGAUUGAUGAUUAUGAUAUUUUUAACAGAAUGACUGCAGCAGGACUGUUCCUUAUUUGUAGCAAGUGUUUUCAUAGUGUGUUCAAUGCAUUGCAGUCUAUAAUUAAAUUUCUCUAUAUUUCUUUUUACUGAAACACUUGAAGCUGGCUAAGAAAUUGAUAUUUUUUGUGAUUUCAAGGGCCACAGGUCCCUAAAUUCACUUUUUUAUCUAUUUUUUAUUUAUUUUUAUGUAUAAUGGCAUCAUUUAGGGCUCCUUAAGUUUUUAAACUUGACUUUACCCUCUCCCCAUCUCAACCUUCACCUCUUUACUCCAUUUAUGAAAAGUCACCUCCCCCCAUUCCUACUACGCCGUUGGUGUUGAUAGUCGAUUCAGCUGAACAAGAAAUCAGCAUUUGUGACAAAGCGUUUCACUAAUCAUUUUGUAUUAAUUAAGUGUGUGUAUACAGUUUUAUUUACAAGUUGCAUAUAUUGUUUUUUAUACCAAAAGUCAAGGUCUUACAAAUGUUAUGGAAUGUUUUUUUUUACUGUGAUGAUCAGUAGAUAAAACUUAAGAACUGUUGAGGCGUAUACACGUGCAUUAUAUUCUACCGAGUUAAUUAUUUCAUGUUUGAGAAAAGUUAUAUGGGAAAGAAUGCACAAUAAAACUCCAGACCAAUUUUAAAUGUAAUUUUCUUAUUUUCUGAGAUAGUUGAAAAUUUUUGAUGCUUUUUGUAGAAGACAGUCGGGUUGAAUACGUGAAUCUAAGUUUCUGGUCUUUGAUUGCCUUCCAUUUAAUUUUCUUUUCGAGUCCUGAGCAAGGCGUUGUUAAACCUCUGCAGGAAAUUUGUGCUUCCAAAAGCACCAGGAUUAAAUGUUCUUAAUAAUAACAAAGAGUUUAAAAUUUCAACCUACUCUUAAUGAAAGAUGAUGGAACUUUAAUUUUUCAGACAUUAACUGAAUUAUUUUCACUAUCAGAAACUAACAGUUGUUUAUGUAUUGUAGCUAUAACUAAACAUUGUUGUAAAUAUAUAAUGUCUGUAAAAUGUUUAAAGAAAAAAAUAAAAAUGAACAAGAUAUCCCCACCACAGUUUAAGCGUCUGGCUUGCCCAGUAGAAAUACACGAGAAAGUUUCUGUUGUCGCCAGAUGCUACUAUCCCCAUGAAGAACAGGGGAUGUAGAGGGGGAUAGGAUCGCAUGCCACGCCCUUUCUGCUCACUGCAAUGAAAAAGGGUGUGCUGUAUACUGUGAUGUGGUAUACGUUAUAAUGCUUGCACUGCCCAAUUGCUCUGUCACCUCUAAACAGUAGAGUCACAGAGUGUGUUUACCAAAGAAGUAAAAUAAUGUUUUGUACUUUUUGAUUACUAUUUCUUACUACUUUGACCAAUGUUCUUUUUCAGUAACCUCUUUCCUCCAUGUUCAUUAUGCAUACAUCGAAUAUUCUGUAAAACAUUAGUGUAUUUAUUUCUCUCUCUCAUUUUAUUGAUCAAAACAGAUAACUAACUUGGAUACACUUAGUUAUAUGGGUAGAUACUUGCGCAGAUAAGAUUCCACGUUAAUAAUGUAUUUACUUACUAUUUUGUUUAAGUGAAUAAACACCUUUUGGCUAAUCUUAGGGUCUUAAUUUCUA